AUGAUUACCGAGGCAGCAAAGGACAAUAAUCUGAAGAGCGUUGCUGAGGUACUGAAACGGGAUUUGUGGUCGAAGUGGGUUAACGAAUGGCAGCUAGAAUUACCUGAAUUGGGUACUUCAGAUAACGUCAUAAACAUGAAAAAAGACUAUUGGAAUUGGUUACGUACGAUCAAAAGAAACAUGAAAGAGAAAUAUCAUCCUGGAAAUCGCUACUGGGACUAUGAUAGAGAUUUUAAUAAUGGUAUGAUUUUGGACAAAGCGUUGCUUGAUGACAAAUUUUUUAAGAAUAUUUUCACCACGAUUGAACAGCUCAACGAAAAUCAUCUUGGUGAGCCGUUGGACGUAUUUAGUAUGUUACGGUUACUCUUUGACGAGAGUAGUGUGUUCAGACUGGCUUAUCCGCCCAAAGUGGAAGAUCGUACCCCGCAUGUUGAAGCUGUAAUCAAGCAACUUCAGGCAGAUCAGGAGCUGUGGUGGCAUCAAAGUCGUGUCCGUCCGGCUAACCUUCUCAAUGAUUUGGACUUUAAACUUGACACGAAAAACUCUGCUACGUUAGCUCGUUUCAAAACGUUUGUGAAGUACUCGGUCGAAUAUUAUACAAACAAAAAUGUGCCGAACGACACGCUAAUGAUAUUAAGUAAGCAUUACGGCAAUGAUGCUUUGAAUGCAAUUUUGCGUGAAGCAACCAAAGAAUGCACACCAAGUUGGAUUUGGAAAGACGCCUCUGGCACAAAGAAAGAUAUUUUUCAAAUUGUCUCGGACCCAAACAAAGCAUCUCUGCACUAUGCUUGGAUGAAGUACAUGUUUGUUAUGAUUAUGGAUAGUCCACGGCAUGUUUUUGAGUUCAACGACGACACGAUUAAAAACAUAAAAAUGAAAUUAUCGGAUGAUACUUUCGCCUGGUUGAAAGAAAUGAUGGAUACGGACGGUGUGGGUUAUCAAGCAACGAAGACUGAAAGGGCUUUGGUCAAGUAUGAUGCAUAG